ACAAGGUCAGUUCUGCUGACUCUGCUAAUCAGCUUGAACCUCCUAAUCCAUUCCCAGGAACUUGAGGAAACACAGCCGGUGACUUGGGAGAGGUGGCCCCUCACCUGUGGCCUUCUUCGGCAGAGCUGGUCUUCAGGGGGGAUGGGGCAUCUGAGCCAUGUGCACCACCCUCUUCCUGCUCAGCUUGGCCAUGCUGUGGCGCCGCAGAUUUGGCAACCGGGUGGAACCAGAGCCCAGCACAGUGGACGGGGCAGCUGUGGGCAGCGCCGACACAGACCUUCAGGCAUCCGGCAGGGAAAAGGAACCUGUGAGGUAGGCCCUCACUUCUUCAGGCAGCUCAGCUCUGGGGACUGUGACCCACCGGCCCAGACAGCUGGAGUCCUGGCUCACCCACUACCCCAGGAGGCUGUUGUGGGUCUGGAAGCAGCAGCAGCAGGGGGAACGGGAGAAGCAGCCAUGGAGAGAGGCAUUUGGCUCUUGCUUUGAAGGAAGUCUCACAGAUUCCAGACGGCUGCGGCAAGCCCAAGCAUCCCGUGUCUACAGUGUCCCCAAGCCAGAAGAGAGGCUGUUGUUUUUAAAGAAGAAUUCCCCAGACUUGGCUAGAAUUGUAUUGGAGACAGGAUGGAAGAAGACCAGCUUCCAGGCCAGCCACCAACAUGCCUGCAUACAGACACUCUUCCCGUCAUAUCACUGGUGCCAUCACUUGGAGUGUAAGCAGCCAGCUGCUGGGAGGGCACCACCAACCCUCCUUCAUGAUCUUAUGAAU